GUUUAUGUUAUACUUUGUCAAAUAUGGAAAGAGCAUGUAUUUCAGUGAAUAAAUCUAGUCCCAACUGGUGGAUAGAACCUGGUUGUUGUGAGUAAAAAUGACAACAAUGUGCAGCUACUUCUGACUGGCCCCGUAUUUAUCUUACUAGCCAAAAAUUCGGCUACUCCACCACCGGAAAUAGAUCUACCACCAACGACUACAAUGCCACCAUUGACAACGGCAACAGUGCCACAACUACCAGCCAACAAGGAUAUUAUAGUAUUAAGUUAUUUCAUAUCAAAUGCUACAUACGCAGUCCCCGGUGUUGUAGCUAAUGAGAGUAUAUUUGUACUUCAACAAUUGGUUUCUGCUACAUUUGUUAGUGUAAUAAGUGCAUUUAAUGUUGUACUCACUUGUUUUCGUGGUGUAAUAAUCGGUGUAUUAGCAACACCAAUAACUGAGUAG